AUGAAGUACAAUUUUGCCAUAACGGGUCUCGCCGUCUGCUUCACUGGCGCCUUCGCCUUUCCUUCUCGCAUGUUUGAUACUGCUCAUUCAAUGAGUGAAGAAGAGAAGCGUUCUCUUGCAAGUAUCACUGCCCAAAUCGAAGCUGGAAUCGAGAAGCGUGUAUCAACUCCUCGCUCCUUUGGAUUCUCUGCAUCCGAUCAAUAUGUAUCUAACUCCGGCAAACAUGCGUUUGUUGCACCGGGUCCUAAUGACUUACGUGGUCCCUGUCCUGGUUUAAAUGCCAUGGCUAAUCAUAACUACAUCCCACAUAAUGGAGUAGCGACUGUUUCACAAUUUGUUCAAGGAACUUAUGAUGUCUUCGGUAUGGGAGUUGAUCUCGGAGCGUUCCUAUCUAUAUAUGGCGCGGUCUUUGACGGCGAUCUGACGAGUUGGUCUAUUGGAGGACCUCCAUCUUCAAGCCUGCUGAGCUCGGUUGGACUUCUCGGUAAACCACAGGGAAUCUCUGGUUCACAUAACAAAUAUGAGUGUGAUGUCUCACCUGCUCGUGGAGAUCUUUAUCAGUAUGGUAAUGAUUACAAAUUAGUCAUGUCUCAAUUCGAAGAAAUGUACGCUUUGCCGUUGGGUCCUAACGGUUAUGAUUUAUCAGUCCUAACCCCUUUCCGCGCAACCCGUUUUCAACAAUCCAUUGACAACAAUCCAUAUUUCUUCAACGCGCCAUUCUCUGGAAUCGCCGUACAACCUGCAGCGUAUACCUUCGUUUAUCGAUACAUGGCCAACAAAUCUUCCGAAUAUCCUGAGGGCUACCUCAACGGCGAUGUCUUGAAGUCAUUCUAUUCUGUUACCGGAGAACCAGGUAGCUUUGUAUGGACAGAAGGGCACGAGAAGAUCCCUGACAACUGGUACAAACGAGCUAUUGGCGACGAGUAUGGCCUUGUACCUUACGUCGCCGAUAUAGUCGCCGCAGGUCUACAACACUUCGAGUUUGUCUCCAUUGGAGGAAAUACCGGCACAGUUAAUUCCUUUACUGGUGUUGACAUUAAGAAUCUGACAGGUGGUAUAUAUGACGUUACCACUUUGACGCAAGGAAAUAAUGCUAUUUGUUUUGCAUUCCAAUUUGCUCAACAAGCUGCACCGGAUAUUCUUAAAGGUUUAUUCCAAAACACCUCUUCUGCUUUAAUUCUCACAGUUUCCUGGUGCGAAAGGGUCUUUUUAGAUGAGAUUUGUGGUGUUGUAGCAACGAGGUUCCGUGGCAUCGUCCUCCGAUAUUCAUCACAUCCGAUGUAUCCAAAAUUGAUUUGUGACUUUGGAGUCGGAUUGACGAUUGCUUGCGAGAUAUGGAAGAGUUUUCAAGGAGUUGUAGGAAAGGUUGUCCUCGAGCAGUGUGGGCUACUAGACGAAGAGUGGCAUUUUUCAAGAAUUCGAGGAAGAGGAGGGUUCUAUUUUAUUUAUCAGCGUCCAUCCUCCUUGAAACAUCCCAUUAACUUCACCCCUAACUAUGAACAAGAACUCAAGCUCCCCAUCUCAGAACCACAUCCCCGAUUGGCGCAUGCAAGAUAUAAGAUGUUCUUCCAGUCCAUCAUCCUCCGUCCAGGAACCCUCUCCGUUCUAAAAUAA